CCUCCACUGGUGGCAGCACAGCAGAUGCAAGCAUGACUACCUCUUCCGCUGUAGAUGCAACUACACCUGCCUCCUCCACUGGUGGCAGCACAGCAGAUGCAAGCACGACUACCUCUUCUGCUGUAGAUGCAACUACACCUGCCUCCUCCACUGGUGGCAGCACAGCAGAUGCAAGCACGACUACUUCUUCUGCUGUAGAUGCAACUACACCUGCCUCCUCCACUGGUGGCAGCACAGCAGAUGCAAGCACGACUACCUCUUCUGCUGUAGAUAUAACUACACCUGCCUCCUCCACUGGUGGCAGCACAGCAGAUGCAAGCACGACUACCUCUUCUGCUGUAGAUGCAACUACACCUGCCUCCUCCACUGGUGGCAGCACAACAGAUGCAAGCACGACUACCUCUUCUGCUGUAGAUGCAACCACACCUGCCUCCUCCACUGGUGGCAGCACAGCAGACGCAACCACAUCUGCCUCCUCCACUGGUGGCAGCACAGCAGAUGCAACCACAUCUGCCUCCUCCACUGGUGGCAGCACAGCAGACGCAACCACAUCUGCCUCCUCCACUGGUGGCAGCACAGCAGACACAACCACAUCUGCCUCCUCCACUGGUGGCAGCACAGCAGACACAACCACAUCUGCCUCCUCCACUGGUGGCAGCACAGCAGAUGCAACCACAUCUGCCUCCUCCACUGGUGGCAGCACAGCAGACGCAACCACAUCUGCCUCCUCCACUGGUGGCAGCACAGCAGAUGCAACCACACCUGCCUCCUCCACUGGUGGCAGCACAGCAGACACAACCACAUCUGCCUCCUCCACUGGUGGCAGCACAGCAGAUGCAACCACACCUGCCUCCUCCACUGGUGGCAGCACAGCAGACGCAACCACACCUGCCUCCUCCACUGGUGGCAGCACAGCAGACACAACCACAUCUGCUACAUCCCCAGCUGCCACCACAGAAGAUACUUCCACAGGAACACCUACAACUGGUCGGCAGACGACAACAACCCUUCGCCCCACAACGACACCCAUUCAACCGACCCAUGCGCCUGGGAGCUCCUCUACGUCCACACAUCCAGCUGUCACAACGCAGACUUCCACAACUACUACCUCAGGAUCUUCCGGUCCCUAUGGAUCAUUAAGUACAGGAGCUGUUGUUGGAAUAGUAAUGGGAUCACUGUUUGGUGCAGCCUUUGUAGGUGCUGGGAUAUUCUGGAUAAACAUGCAGAGAAAACAGUUGUUCCAACGAUGGUUCAA